AUAAUUUCCACCAAAAUAUAAUAUGCUCACCGGUUUCUCUCUCCCGCCUCUGCUGCCGGAUAUCUAACCACGAUAUCUAUCUCACCAACCACCACCACCACCACCGCGUUCUCAUCCACCAUGUCACCGUCAACCGCCGCCGCGGCACAGCACAUGCGCCCCAUCAACAACAGCCGCCACCCCAACCAGGGCGCGGAAGAAGACGCCCUCCUGUGGCCGUUCGGGGUGGUGGAAGGGCUGGACAAUGGCGAUUUCAAGGAGGCGGCGUACGAGAUUUUCUUCUCGGCGUGCCGGUCGUCUCCGGGGUUCGCGCGGGGUUACAGCCAGCCGGAGGCGCUAGACGGUGGCGGGGCGGCGCCCGGGUCGCCCAUGAAGAGUCCCGGGGCCGGGGUGGGGAUGGCGGUGACGAGCAGGGUGAAGAGGUUGUUAGGGUUGAAAAUGCUGAAAAAGUCGUCGUCGCGGAGGGCGAGCUCGGGUGGGCCCAUCGUCGUCGCCGCCUCCAACACUUCGCCGGCGGCUUCCGGUGGGUCCCCCAAGUCGGCUACGGCUAUGCAGGCGCGGGGGAGGAGGCCGAUGACGUCCGCCGAGAUCAUGCGGCGCCAGAUGAGGGUGACGGAACAAAGCGAUAAUAGGCUACGCAAAACUCUCUUGAGGACUCUUGUUGGUCAAAUGAAUAGGCGAGCAGAGACAAUCAUCCUUCCAUUAGAGUUACUGCGCCACCUCAAAUCAUCAGAAUUCAACGAUCCACAGGAGUACCACGCGUGGCAGAAGCGUCAGCUCAAGAUCCUGGAGGCCGGCCUGCUCCGACACCCAUCGGUCCCCCUCGAGAAAUCCAACCCCCACGCCGCCCGCUUCCGGGAAAUCUUCAAGGCGGCGCAGGCCAAGGCGAUCGACACCGGCAAGAAUUCCGAGCUGAUGAAAGGCCUCAUCAACUCUGUCGUCUCCUUGGCCUGGAGGAGCCCCGACGGGUCCCCCGUCGACGUUUCCCACUGGGCCGACGGCUACCCCUUCAACGUCCACAUCUACAUCGCCCUCCUGGGCUGCAUUUUCGACUUGAAGGACGAGACCCGCGUCCUGGACGAGGUGGACGAGCUUCUUGAGCUGAUGAAGAAGACCUGGUCCACGCUUGGGAUAAACAAGGCCGUUCACAAUCUCUGCUUCACCUGGGUGCUCUUCGAACAAUAUUUCAUCACGAGCCAGGUGGAGCCUGAUCUUCUGGGAGCGUCGCUGGCGAUGCUUGGGGAGGUGGCGAAUGACGCAAAGAAAGCCGACAAGGAUCCUCUGUACGUUAAGAUGCUGGCGAAUGUUAUGACCUCCAUGAAACAGUGGUCGGAGAAGAAGUUGCUGGCUUACCAUGACAACUUCGACAGGGGAUCUAUGGGGUUGAUGGAAGCCGUUCUCCCUCUAGUUUUCUCAGCCACCAAAAUCUUGGAAGAAGACGUCCCCGGAUACGCCACCACUGAAAAAAUUAGGGCAUUUGCAGAGAACUACGCAGGAAAUCGGGUGGAUAAGUACAUCAGAUCAUCCAUCAGAGAUGCAUUCACAAAGAUGUUGGAAGAAAGGAACAUAAAUGCGAAGACGCUACAGAUGCAUGAAGCGAGCCAAACGCUGAUACAAUUAGCUGAUGGGACGGAGGAAUUGGCGGUGAAGGAGAGGGUGAUGUUCAGUCCGGUGCUGAAGAAAUGGCACCCGGUGGCGGCGGGAGUAGCUGCGGUGGCGCUGCACGAGUGUUACGGGACGCUGCUAAAGCAGUACUUGGCCGGCGUGACAUCGCUCACCAAUGAAACAGUUCUGCUACUGCAGAAAGCUGGGAAACUGGAGAAGGUGCUGUUUAAGAUGGUGGCUGAGGACACUGAGGAAUGCGAGGAUGGAGGGAAAGCCAUGAUCAGAGAGAUGGCUUCUUAUGAAGUUGAUUCCGUAGUCAUAACCCUGUUAAGGCAAUGGAUUCAGGAGAAAUUGAAGAAGUCCAGGGAGAUUAUCCAAAGAGCAAAAGACACUGAGACAUGGAAUCCAAAGUCCAAGAACGAACCAUAUGCGCAGUCUGCAGUGGAGCUAAUGAGGCAGGCCAAGGAAGUUGUGGACAGUUUCUUUGAAAUCCCUGUUAGCAUCUCCGAGGAUUUUGUCAGAAACCUUGCAGAUGGUUUUGAGCAGAUUGUCCGAGAGUACAUUACUUUCAUCGUAUCAUGCGGAUCGAAACAGAGUUACAUCCCUGCAUUGCCUCCCCUGACAAGGUGCAGCCAAGACUCGAGGUUUUUCAAGAUGUGGAAGAGAGCAGCGAGCAGAGUGGGGAUAGACAGUGAGAAUCAGAAGCUGAUAAACGAAGGGAACCAUCCACGCCCCUCGACGAGCCGGGGGACGCAACGCCUCUACAUCAGGCUUAACACUCUGCACUACAUUCUCUCCCACCUAAAUUCCCUGGAAAAGUCCCUGGCUCUGAACCCCAGAGUAGUCCCUUCGCCCCGAAGGCUGAGCUGUUCCUACUUUGAUCAGGCCCGCUCGACUGUCCAAGUAGCCUGCCAAAUCGUGUCAGAAAUCGCAGCCUACCGCCUCAUCUUCCUCGACUCCAACUCCGUCUUCUAUGGCAGCCUGUACCUCCGGGACGUAGAGAACUCGCGCAUUCGCCCCGCUCUGAGAAUCCUAAAGCAAAACCUCACCCUCUUAUGUGCAAUUGUGACAGAAAGGGCAACCCCAAUGGCCAUCAAGGAAGUGAUGAAGGCCUGCUUUGAGGCCUUCCUCAUGGUCCUCCUAGCUGGGGGGAGCUCGAGGGUGUUCACUAAGGCGGAUCACGAGCUCAUCGAGGAGGACUUCGACAACCUAAAGCGGCUGUUCUACACGUGCGGGGAAGGAUUGAUGCCCGAAGAUGUGGUGGACAAAGAGGCUCAAGCAGUCGAAGGAGUCGUGGCACUAAUGGGGCAAUCAACUCAACAAUUAGUAGAAAACUUCAGCCUUUUGGCCUGUGAAGCCAGUGGGAUAGGGCUAAUGGGGCCUGGCCAGAAACUCCCAAUGCCCCCAACCACAGGAAGAUGGCACAGAUCAGACCCCAACACAAUCUUGAGAGUAUUAUGUUAUAGGAAUGAUAAAGUUGCUAACCACUUUCUUAAGAAGAGUUUCCAGUUGGCCAAGAGGAGGGGCUGAGAUGAAAUCAUGGCUAGCUGCAAAAAAUUUCAGCAACCCAUAAAACCCUUCAGUUCACUGUACAGCAUAACACAACAAAUAAAGAUUCAUUGCUUUUUAAGCAAAUCUGCAGAUUCAGUUUUGUCAUCUAAUCUUAGGUAACACAACAACAUUUCCAAAACUAAUGUCUAAGGAUACACUUUUUCAUUUUUCUUUUUCUUUUUCUGUAAGAUUCCAAGUUAAUAUUUCUCUCAA